AAAUGAACGCAUACCGCAUCACAAAUGUCACUUAUAUCUGUCAUAGAAAAAAUAUUUCAUUUUUUCGCCUAAAAGGAAAUUAGAAAAUUUCGAUGUCAGCCCAAUUCCGCUUGCUCGGUGCAUUCCGGCAAUAUUCAACACUGCAACGGCAACUAUUGACUCGACCCACAACUUAUAAACAACAAUUCAACAUAAUUCCGAUUCAAGUGAAUCAGUCGUAUAGAGAACACAAGAACUUUGGUCAUAAGCCUGAUGAGACACCACUGUUUACGAGAUUUUUCCAUGGCUUCAUUUUAACGAGCUUUCUUGUUAUUGUGUUCGAUUGGAAAUUUAUGUAUGAAUAUGCUCGUGAUAAGAUCUUCCCACCGAUAGACGCCGAUGCAGGAGUUCAUAAUGCCGAAAAGGAAGGUGCAAAAGUUUCCAUUGAGAGUAAUGAAAAAGAGUCGGAUGGCGACGAUAGCGGUAAUGAAGUUGACUCCAAGAAGAAGCAGAAGAAAGAGAAAAUUGGCUUCCGAGAUAGAAAGAUCAUCGAAUAUGAAAAUCGUAUGCGUCACUUCUCCACACCGGAUAAAGUGUUUCGAUAUUUUGCUACAAUUCAGGUUCCACAUCCGAAUGGCGAAUAUGAAGUUUUUAUGACACCGGUCGAUUUUUUAACUAGUAUGACACCGGGAAUUAAGCAACCGGAUGGUCUUGGAUUGGAUCAAUACCGAAAAUACGACCCGAAGACUGUAACUCAACGAUUGGAUUUGUGCUUGGAGAAAGACAGUAUCUUUUAUAAACUUGGAUCUUAUGGGCUCAUCUCAUUCUCGGAUUAUAUUUUCCUGUUGACAGUGUUAUCAACUUCUCGUCGUCAUUUCGAGAUUGCCUUCCGAAUGUUUGAUUUAAACGGAGACGGUGAUGUAGACUCUGAGGAAUUUGAAAAAGUAGCAACACUUGUCCGCCAUCAGACAAGCAUCGGAAGUCGUCAUCGUGAUCAUGCGAAUACCGGAAACACUUUCAAGGGUGUGAACUCUGCAUUAACAACAUACUUCUUCGGCAAACGUUUCGAUGAGAAGUUAACAAUAGAAAAAUUUCUCGAAUUUCAACAUCAACUACAACGAGAAAUCUUAACGCUUGAGUUCAAACGCAAAAAUCCGAACGAAGAAGGCAACAUAACUGAGGCUGAUUUUUGCGAAUUGAUGCUUGCGUAUGCUGGCUAUCCGGAAAAGAAGAAGGCAAAGAAAUUGAAACGAGUGAAGAAACAUUUUAAGGAAACUGGUACGGGAAUCUCAAACAAAGAAUAUUUGGACUUUUUCCAUUUCUUGAAUAACAUCAACGAUGUCGACACCGCACUUACAUUCUACCAUAUUGCUGGCGCCUCGAUCGAUCAAGCUACGCUGAAACAUGUCGCCAAAACUGUUGCACAUGUUGAUCUAUCCGAUCAUGUAAUUGACGUGGUUUUUACGAUUUUCGAUGAAAACAUGGACGGACAGCUUAGUAAUCGUGAAUUUGUAGCAGUCAUGAAAAAUCGUUUGCUACGUGGAUUGGAAAAGCCUAAAGAUACGGGAUUCGUUAAGUUGUGUCAUUCGAUUUUGAAAUGUGCCAAGGACACAAAGCCAGUUCUUCUUGACUUGUAAAUGACUAAAACAUAGAUUUGCAAUGGUAAGAAGCAGCCAUACCAAAUUACCACUUUUACGAGGUCAUGUCGUCUGAAUAUCGUUUAUGUUUAUAUCAAAUAAGGUACCAGUUCACGCUUAAAUUUAACCAUAUACGAAGAAAUAGAAUCAAAAAAAACGUUCAGAACCUUACCUUUACACUGAAAACGCUCUAAUUUUGUUUGUUAACAUUAUAUUAUAUCUAACUAUUUAUUAAAUCAAAAA